AUGACUAAUCCGGUAUCCCAAGUGAGGCCCAAACGCUACUCUGUCCCCCAUUCAAAGCUUAUCGUCGAGGAGUCUGUGCCGGCAUGUCUGCAGCAAGGCCGCGCCGUCUACAUCGCGUUGGACCCUCAUCGAACCGAGGUUGUGGGACAUGUCGUGGUAGGAUGUCCCACGUUCUUUUCUCUCGCUUUCUCGCCUUCCCGCUUUUUGAUCGAUUGGAUAUCGUAUCAGCGGGAGCAUGACAAGCCUUCUGACUUGAUAUCAGACCGAAAAAUAUCCUGUGACCUGGGCCGCCCGAACUGCCAGAACUGCGUCAACUCGAUGCGCAGCUGCCAGGGGUAUGGCAUCCGCUUGAACUGGCCCGAACAAGGCUCCCGCAGACUGCUCCAACACUCCGAUCCGGACAAUCCACAUGCCCCACUAAGUACCGUCCAAAAUGAAUAUUUCAUCAAUACGUUGAUGACCGAUGUCGAGCUAUUCUAUCGACCAACAGUGGAAAGAUUAGGUCAUUCUAUCCAAAUCGGUGUGGAAUUUCUUCUCAGUGGGAUAUGA